UACUGUGUAUUAAUGCUUCUAUUAAUUUGUCAUUUAUUAAUAUUUCUUUCUUUCUUUCUUUCUUUCUUUCUUUCUUUCUUUCUUUCUUUUUCCUUAGAUUUAAUAUGGAAAGCUUCCAGCAUGCACAGACCAUGGCUUUUGCAAUAAAUGAGAUCAAUAAGAAUCCCAAUCUAUUGCCUAACAUCACUCUUGGUUACCAUCUUUAUGACAACUGUGUGAUGCUAGGCAUGGCAUUUCGGGCUGCCAUAUCCCUGGCUAGUGGGACAGAAGAGGACUUCUCCAAUGUCGACUGCACUGGCCCUCCACCGGUGAUUGGAGUGGUGGGGGAUCCUAGUUCAACUCCAUCCAUUGCAAUUUCCAGUGUUCUGGGGCUGUUUCGAGUACCUAUAGUUAGUCACUACGCCACUUGCUCCUGUUUGAGUGACAGAAAAAAGUACCCAUCCUUCUUCAGAACAAUCCCUAGUGAUGCCUUUCAGGUGCGGGCAAUGGUUCAGAUCUUGAGGCAUUUUGGAUGGACCUGGGUGGGUCUCCUCUACAGUGAUGAUGACUAUGGCAUCUAUGCUGCUCAGUCCUUCCAGCUGGAAAUGCAGCUGAUUGGACAUUGUGUUGCUUUUUCUGAAAUUCUGCCCUAUGAUAACAACCCCAGAGAUAUUCAGCAUGUACUGGGAGUGAUUCAGGCCUCUACAACUAGAGUGGUGGUUAUUAUUUCACCUUCAUCAUUAGUGAUACCUUUGAUGGAUGAGGUGGUUUUGCAGAACAUGACAGGCAGGCAGUGGAUUGCGAGUGAAUCUUGGGCCACUUCACCUGUGUUUCACACACCACGUUUCCUGCCCUUCCUUGGGGGCACACUGGGCAUUGCCAUCAGACGUGGAGAGAUCGAGGGGCUUUAUGACUUUCUGUUACAUCUUCGUCCCAACAGUGAUCCAAGAAAUAAUAUGUUGAGGAUCUUCUGGGAGAACAUGUUUGGUUGCAGUUUUGAAACGGGGGGUAAAGAGAUAGAUAGAGAUCAAGUGAAAAGAGUGUGUACAGGACAGGAGGAUCUGAGCAUUACAGACACACCAUACACUGAUGUUUCAGAGUUGAGAGCAGCUUAUAAUGUGUAUAAGGCAGUUUAUGCUCUAGCACAUGCACUUCAUGAUCUGAUGCAGUGUGAGGAAGGGAGAGGACCAUUCAGUGGGAACAGAUGUGCUGACAUAACAAACUUGAAACCCUGGCAGAAAGUGAACUUCACUACAAGCUUUGGGGAUCAUGUGUCAUUUGAUGAGAAUGGAGAUGCUUUGGCCAUCUAUGAUGUGAUGAACUGGCAGCCGAGCUCAGAUGGAUCAAUAAGUAUUUACACAGUCGGUGUAGUAAAUGAAGGGCCGGAAACAGGCAUGGUGCUCAGACUGGAGGAGGAUGCAAUAUAUUGGAACUUUGAGACAAAAAAACCCCCACAGUCCGUGUGCAGUGAGAGCUGCCCACCAGGAACCAUACGUGCCACACGUAAGGGCCUUCCUGCCUGCUGUUUUGACUGCCUGCCAUGCGGAGAUGGAGAGAUUUCUAAUGCAACAGAUGUUAUUGAGUGCACAGUGUGCCCAGAUGAGUUCUGGUCCAAUACAGAUAAGGAUCAGUGUGUCCCCAAAGAAGUUGAGUUUCUGUCUUAUGAGGAACCUCUGGGCAUCUCUCUGAUCACUGCUUCCCUGCUUGGCACCUGCUUCUGUUCUCUAGUGAUGUUCAUCUUUACUCGUCACCGUAACACUCCCAUUGUACGUGCCAACAAUUCAGAGCUCAGCUUCUUGCUGCUGUUGUCACUCAAACUGUGUUUUCUGUGUGUGCUACUGUUCAUUGGCCAGCCACAGUUGUGGACGUGUCAGUUAAGGCAUGCUGUGUUUGGCAUAAGCUUUGUCCUGUGCAUUUCCAGCAUCCUGGUCAAAACUAUGGUGGUAAUAGCUGUGUUUAAGUCAUCUCGACCAGAAGGAAAAGGCACAAUGAAAUGGUUUGGAGCAGCUCAACAACGAUGCACAGUCCUGAUCCUAACAGCCAUCCAGGUUGUGAUAUGUGCAGUCUGGCUUUCAACUGCCUCUCCAACACCCCAUAAAAACAACCACUAUAUCCGUUCCAUAAUAGUCUAUGAAUGUGCUAUUGGCUCAGUGGCUGGUUUUUCUAUGCUGCUGGGAUACAUUGGAUUGUUGGCAGCAGUAAGUUUCCUUUUAGCCUUCCUGGCAAGAAAUCUUCCAGAUAAUUUUAAUGAAGCAAAGUUCAUCACUUUUAGCAUGUUGAUCUUCUGUGCUGUGUGGAUUGCAUUUGUUCCAGCAUAUGUGAGCUCUCCAGGGAAAUAUGCAGUGGCUGUGGAGAUUUUUGCCAUUUUAGCUUCUAGUUUUGGAUUACUGAUGGCCAUAUUUGCACCAAAGUGCUAUAUCAUACUUUUACACCCAGAGAGAAAUACUAAAAAAGCCAUCAUGAGAAGAGAAACACAAAAUAAAUAG